AUGACGUUUUCAACGGGAAGAGGAGGUGCCGGGAAUAUACACCAUCAUCAUCAAAAGACCUCAGAAAAUAAUGUUUUAUCGCCCCAACUUUCAGUUCACAAGUCACCGGUGCCACUUGAACCGGGUAAUGGUAAUGACAGUAGUUUGAAAAAGACAACAAGUAAUAAUGGCAAGAAAAUUUACUAUUCUACUGGCCGUGGUGGUGCAGGAAACAUUCGUUCAACGGAUUCUGAACAAUUAUCUCCGAAAUUGAUACCGCAAGGCUCAAAUACACCACAUUUAACCACAUCAAAAAUUUCGACUGGUCGUGGUGGGUUUGGCAAUAUGGUUGAGAAUACCGAUCCACAGUUGACUAGAAAAUUACAAGAUGUCGAUGGUGAAGAGUUAAAUGAGCGGUCUCCUGAAUUACAAGCCAUGAAUUCCAAUAGAAGCUUUAGUGUAGGACGUGGUGGAUUUGGUAACGUUAUUCUGAAAUCCAAAAGCCGCGUUUCGCAAGGACUGGCCUCGGAUCUGGAUCAGGCGGUUAAUUUGUACACUGUGAGCUCAAGAGGUGAUAAGCACCACAAGAAGAAGCUGCUGGGGAUUCUAACCAGGAUUAAGGAGAUGUUUUCAUAA